GACCUCACCUUUGAGUGGGACAGUCAACACAUUUGCUCUGACAUUCUUUCUAUGAAGCAGUGCAGUGACAGCUGAAGUUGCUUUCAAGAAGUCAUCUCAAAGGUGGUCUGACAGUAUCCAAUGCCUUAACUUUUCUUAGUACAGGAGACAAAUCACCUUGAAUUUCUUAAUUUUCUGAGCUGGCGACAAUGGCAACUUAUUUUGGAGUUACCUCAGCAGUAUUUUCCAUCUGGGUUAUGACAUUCAUGGCUCAAAAUUACUUUAUAACAGGUUCCAUUCUUUCACCUUGCAGGAUCACAGGUGUAGGAAUUUAUCUUGAAGAGAAAGUGAAUUUCUCAGAAGCAAGUAAUGCAUGUAAUCAACUGAAUCUACAAUUGGCAAGUAAAGACCAAGUUGAAAAGGCUUUGAAACAUGGCUUUGAAACAUGCAGCUAUGGAUGGGUGAAAGACAGAUUCGUUGUCAUUCCUCGGAUAACAUCCAACAAGAAAUGUGGUAAGGGCAACAUUGGACUAGUGGAAUGGCAUGCUGAACACUUUAAAACAUUUAAGGUUUACUGCUUCAAUUCCUCAGAUGUUCAGAUUAAUUCGUGUAAACCGGAUCCAACUACAACCAUACUACCUUCAUCAAGUGCACCAACGGACUUAACUGCAUAUUCAGGCUCUGAUUUGACCGAGAACAUCACAGCAGUGCCCAAUGUGACUGAGUCAGAACAAUCCCUGAAAAAUAUAAAAUUCCGUGUAAUAUGUAUAACUGAAACUAUAUUACCAACAGAGGGGACUACUACAAAAAUGCCAGAGGAAUACUCAUUGACUGACUCUUCUAGAAACACUUCCCAAGCUGCCUUUAAGAACGAUGCCAUUGUCUUUGGAGGUAUCCCCACUGCACUUCUUGUACUGGCAGUCAUCUUCUUCAUUAUUUCAGUUGUUCUAGCCAUCUGCUAUAUCAAAAAGUACAAGAAAACUUUCCCAUUUUCAAACAAGAAUCAGCAAAAAGAAAUGGUUGAAACUACUGCCCUCAAAGAGGCUAAGUCAAAUGACAAAACACAGGAGAAGGAAACAAAGAAUAAUGGAAAAAAGGUAGAAGAGUCUCAAACCAAACCUGAGGCCACAGUAAAAUGUCUAGAAGCAGAAGUUUAAGGGGAAGAAAGUACACUUGGUGGAAAUAUAAAACAAAGCACACAGAACUUAGCAAUGCUUUUGAACAUGGGUGAUUGUAAAUACUCAUGAAUGAAUAUUUUCUCUAUCUUAACAUAAGAAAACUUGUUUUUUAAUAAUUACAUCUUUAACUAUAAAUGCUCUUGCAGAACAUCAUGUAUCUUAUUUACAUGAAAUAAAAUCCAUAUUACAGCUCAUUUUUCAUCUUUAUUAAAGAAGUAAUUAGGAAUAUGCUAUUAAAGACAUGCAGUGUGUUAACUAUUGGCAUGGAAAUUCAGAUCAGUAUAUAAUAAAAAGGUUUCUUUCGUCUGGCUGGAGGAUGUCUGCUAACUUCAUGUCUAAAAUAAAAUGAUGAUAGUGUAGCUCUUCCUCAUGUAGAUUAGCUUAUUUCCAUUAAGUAGUUGCAUACAGUUUAAAAAAAAAAAGUCUGUUUACAAACAGAAGAAAUAAGUAUGUUUACAAGUGAGUAAAAAAUCAAAAGAUCAACCCACUGUCAUUCAGAUACCCAAGGAAGGGUACAAACAUGCUGAUGUUUAUAUAUACACAGCAAUUAAUAACUUUCUUUGAAGAUAUCUUCAUCAUAUCAUAAUUUACUGUUUUAUUUAUUAAAACCUGUAUCAUUUUUCUGCAUCAGAUAUUUGACAGGGGAAAAAAAAUCUUGAACUGUAUCUCAACAGUUGUAUUUAAGAUCUUUUGUGUAUAUUUAAGUGUGGCUUUCAUAAUAAAGAUCUCAAGUGGUAUGGGACUUUACAGUACUUUGUAAAAAAAUAAAGUAUGGUAGAUA